UCCAACAGUGAGGAAAAGCGUCCACCCUGAUGUCGCCUUUUUUUAUAGGAAGAGUUCAACCGUCAGUUUAAGUCGAGCACGAAAAUACCGGCAUAAGGGGGCAGGGUUUUACCAUAAAGUCAAAGUUCCUAGUUUUAAGCCAUGGCUGGGCCUGUCAGUUUGGAGUUGGAUCCUAUCUUCCUUAAGGGUUUGAGUUACCUUCACUCCAAGAGUAAAGACUCAGCUGAGAAACUCAAAGCCCUGCUAGAUGAGUCCCUAGCAAGAGGAAGCGACACAUCCUACCGCUCAUCACAAAAGGAUAUAGAAGUUUCGAAAGCGUCCGUGUCAAAACUGAGCUUAAGUAAACAGGACUCCAAGUCUUCGUCCAGCUCUUCUUCCUCUAGCAGCAGCAGUGGCAGCAGCAAAUCCACCUUGGAAAAGAGCAAGAAAGAAGGAGAGAAGAGGCCGUCGGAGAAGGUCAGGGUUGACUUAAGUGAUGUGGAUCCACCAAAGAAACCUCGGCUGGACAAACAUGAGAAUCGAUCCUCACCGAUUACUGUUCAAACAAUCAAAGACCUGCCAAACAUAAAUGAUUAUGACGAGACCAACGCUGAUGACUUCGCCAUGGAAAUGGGCCUGGCCUGUGUGGUUUGCAGACAAAUGACUGUGACAAUGGGAAAUCAACUAGUGGAGUGCCAGGAAUGUCACAACCUGUAUCACCAGGACUGUCACAAGCCUCAGGUGACAGAUAAAGAAGUCAAUGACCCACGGCUUGUGUGGUAUUGCGCCCGCUGCACAAGGCAAAUGAAACGUAUGGCCCAGAAGCCUCCACAGAAGCCGUCGCCUGCCUCUGCUUCAUCUGCACCUGUUGUAAAAGACACUUUGGUGAAAAAGACAGACAUUAAAUCCAAACCUGACACAGCCAGUACCUUCCAAGCAUUCAAGAGAACUGAAAUGAAGGCAUCUACAACAUCUGCCAAUCCCACCAGCAGUACUUCCUCCUCCUCGGGCAGUGGUCUCACAGGCUGGGCUGCGUUUGGUGCCAAGACGAGCUCCUCUCUACCGACCAGCUCCAAACUGGGUUCCUCAGGUCCAAGUGGGAGCAGCAAGACCUUGGCGGCUCCCUCUGGCCAGAAACCCGUCGGGCUCUCCGGGUUAGCUGGUGCCAAGUCGGGACUCGGAGGUGCAAAGAUGCCUGGGAACGGAAAUGGCUCAAGCCAGGUGUCUCUCAAACCUCCCCCUCCCCUGACACUGGGUAAGCAGCCACUGAACCGCUCAUCAAGCAGUGAAAGCCAAGGAAAGGGGUCGGCUCCGUCAGGGGGCAGCUCCCCGGGCGCCUCCCAGACAAGCACCGGGGGGAACGGAGGGUCCAGUAGUAACGGAGGUGGUAACGGGAACAAUGGAAAUGGGUCAAAGGCAGCACCAGGGGACAAAGCACCGACAUCCCAAGAGUCACAGCUUAACGCCAUGAAACGAUUACAACUGGUGAAGAAGAAAGCAGCACAGAAGAAACUGAAGAAAUGAGUCAAGUUU